AUGGACAAGGCAAGACAAGUUUUUGAUCUUAUGAUUAGCAAGGGCUCCACGGUUAAUGUUCAGAGGUGUAGCAUAUUGAUUAACGGAUAUUGCAAGGGUAAAAAGAUCAUCAAGGCUUACAAGAUUUUCAAGGAAAUGUGUCGUAUGGAACUUGUUCCUGAUACCAUUACUUUUAACACUCUUAUUGAUGGUUUUUGCAAAGCGGGGAGAAAUGGUGAAUGCAAGAACAACCAGCAACUUUCUACUGCAACGUUUAGUUCGAAUUUGUUGGCUUCCAUCUCUUUAAGCAAUAGAAUUUUGCUUAAAGAGACGGAAGCCAACAAAUUCGAACCAAAUGUUGUAGUAUAUACUGUUGUUAUUGAAGGUUUGUGUAAAGCUGGAAAAUUUGAAUCAGCCAGAGAUCUCUUCUCCCAUUUAUCAACAAAAGGAGUUCAGCCUAAUGUGACAACAUACACUAUAAUGAUUAGUGGACUUUGUAAACCAGAAAAGUUGCUGAGAAAUGGGAGGGAGAGGCUGUUCUCCAAAUGGUUGCACCUAUAA